UCAGCCGGCUGAACCGGUAACGCUCCUUCUGUGUUCCUUACUCGGGAUCAGCCUACUUGCUUGGGUCGCGUCUUUUGGGUCCUGUCGCGGAAAGCCGGCCUCCUGCGCAUAAUGCCGCAGCUCGGACUUCUGCCCAAGAGGGCCUGGGCCGCAAUCUUCCGCCAGCUCCUGCGACCACCGCGAUGCGCGUGUCCCCAGGCGGUCCGCUGUCACAGCCAGGCUGCAGAGUCAGUGUUGACAUCGCAACUGAAAUCACAUCAAGAAACACCAAAUUUUGUCAUCAAGACCCCAAAGGGCACUAGGGAUUUUAGUCCUGAGCAGAUGGUUGUGAGGGAGAAAAUUCUUGAUGUGGUUGUUAGCUGUUUCAAACGUCACGGAGCAAAGGGUCUGGAUACUCCGGCAUUUGAGCUGAAGGAAAUGCUGAGCGAGAAUUAUGGAGAGAACUCGGGGCUCAUCUAUGAUCUGAAGGACCAAGGUGGAGAGUUACUGUCCCUUCGCUAUGACCUUACAAUGAGUAUAGAUACUAAUGUUUGGGUGUUCAUACAGAUGUCUUGGACAGAUGUGAGACAUGAGAUGGUGGCAAAGAGAGGCCUGACUCCGGAGGUAGCUGAUCGAAUUGGGGACUAUGUCCAGUGUCGUGGUGGUGCAUCCUUAGUGGAACAAAUGUUCCAGGACCCUAGGCUGUCACAGAACCAGCAGGCCCUGGAGGGCCUGAGGGACCUGAAGCUGCUGUUUGAGUACUUAACACUUUUUGGAAUCGCGGAGAAGGUCUCUUUUGACCUGAGCCUGGCUCGGGGCCUGGACUACUACACAGGCGUGAUCUAUGAAGCAGUCCUGCCAAAGACCCCAGCUCAGGCUCAAGGGGAGUCCCUGAACGUGGGCAGUGUGGCUGCUGGUGGCCGCUAUGAUGGGCUGGUGGCCAUGUUUGACCCUAAAGGCCACAAGGUACCCUGCGUGGGACUCAGUAUUGGCGUCGAGCGGAUCUUCUACAUUGUGGAGCAGAGGAUGAAGACUGUUGGUGAGAGUGUGCGAGUCACAGAGACUCAAGUGUUUGUGGCCACACCCCAGAAGAACUUCCUCCGAGAACGGCUGAAGCUGAUUGCUGAACUUUGGGAUGCUGGGAUCAAGGCAGAGAUGCAAUACAAAAACAACCCUAAACUAUUAAGUCAGCUGCACUACUGUGAACACACAGGCAUUCCACUGGUGGUCAUUAUUGGUGAGCAAGAACUGAAAGACGGGAUUGUGAAGCUCCGCUCAGUAGCCAGCAGAGAGGAGGUGCAUGUUAAACGGAAAGAUAUUGUAAUUGAAAUUCAGAAGCGACUGUCUGAGUCUUGAUCCUUGAAAACCAUCUAGUGCUGUUUGUAGAAAAAAUUCCAUCCAAGACAGAAUUCCUGCUGGAUUUCACAACAGCUGGCCAGGAUGAGUGACAAGUGCCUUCUACCUCCUCCGUCCUUCCCGGUACAGCGCUAUAGAAGGCCCCAAGGACUGCUGGGCUACUGAAGCAACUGCUCUGCGUGACUGCAGAUGAUUGGGAUGUGAAAGAGACGUUUUCUAACUGCAGAGGCAAAUAAGGAGUGCUGCAAAGCACCACCAAGAGGUGCUGAGCCAGUUGCUGUAAGCAUGGCUUGGCUUUGGGAGAGUUACCUCAGGCUGUGGAUUCUGAACCAUUGAGAUCAGAGGCCAGACACAACCACCUUCCACAGCAGCUCCGGGAAUUUGUCCUCAGCCAACCAGUGGCACAUCCAGGGAGUUUUGGAAAGAAAGCAAGAAGUAGUGGCUGCUGUUUCCUUUGAGGACAGGCAUGCCUUCCUAAGGGCAUGGAGUACUCAAGUUGAUCUGUUGUCUCUCUGGCCCCAUCCUCUGUACUAGUAGGAUGGAGCUGCCGUCUGUCUAAUCCUGAUUGUUGAAUUCAGUAGGUGGCAAGAUGGAGAUCUGCUAUACCAGAGUCAUGCUCGGACUAGUUCGUGCCCUGCCGUUCUAAGAGGUGGUUGACUGAUAAUGUGAAAUAAAAUACUAACUGUGGCA